UUACGUGACGGGCAUUGUAUCACUGGAUCGACUUUCGAGUUUACCAUUGCGCCUUCCGAUUUCAUCGCCCAAUCGCCUCUAAAGACUCCAUCGACUUGCCCACUCAACACCUCGCAAAUAAGAGCUAACUUCUUUUCCACUACCUGUCGCUAUUCCUCAACAAGAGGAGGCCAUUUCGACUUGAGGCUGCCAUUCUACCCUCAUCCCGGGACUGUUCCGCCUCAAACAUCACGAUGGCGACCAAAUUUGAGAAGCUCGACAAGCAGCUCGACCGAUUGGGGGGCCUGUUUUCCAGGAAGAAGAGAUCCACCGACUCUCAUGAAGUGGACGUUGCAAUUGACAGGCCGGCAACGCCAGAAUCAAUGGACGUGGAUGAAUACAAACCAACCUAUCAAAUCUUCAAAAAGAAGCCUGGCGAGAAAUGGCCAGAGCCAUCCUUCAUUCGGCCAACGUCAUCCAGGAUGGAGGCUAGGGAAGAGGUUCUCUUCAUGUCAUACUCGACUCGACGGGCUAGGAGCCUUCCGGAGUCGCCAAGCUCGCCUCGCCUUAUGAUCUCAGAGAUUCGCACCGACAACUGCAACCUGGCUGCUCCUGGGGCGCCCGGUGGCUGUCCUCCGAUCCCGUCACGGUACUCCUCACUGUACUCCUCAAUGAAGGCCCGCGUUUCUCAGCGGUCUUCGUCACUGCAUCCAAGCCCAAGCAGGGACGACCUUUUAUCAGAACUGAUGGACUUCAGCUUCUCCACCGCAUCGUCAAAGACUGAGAACAAUUCAUCAUCCGGGCGACGCUUCAGACCGGCCUCGAAGUCGCCCACUCGGUCCAACUCGCUUUCUGCCUCCCCCAAGGCGCAGGUUGAUCGGAAGCGGCCUUCAAGAUGUGAACAAGACACCCUAGCCGUCCCCGGACAAGAGCAACCUCAGCAGUACAACGCCCGGACGCUGGCACCGUCGCAGCGGGAAAGCCAAUGCCUUGGAGCGGCAUCAUCGAGAUAUCCGGGACCAAACCCAUCGGCGAUCUCCAUGCAUGAGUCAGGUGUUGAUAAGCCGGAUGCUGGCCACGAAGUUUCGCAGAGACCGAGGAGCAUGUCCAUCUCCAUGACCUCCGGCCUCAAGUGUGCUAACGAAGCUCUGCACAAGUCGACCAGCCUGCCGAGGCUCCCGAUCGCGAAGGUCUCAAGUUUGGACACGAUCCUCAAAGAACCCAGCUUGACCGAUUUCCUUGCCCUGAGCGACGAUGACAUCGCGGAUGGCCAUGGUACCACUCGUACCCAGUCUCCGGCAUCCAAGCCUCCGAGCGUUGCGCUACCACCGCAUCCGGCGCAGGCCUUCACACCUCGGCAGCCCCACGACACUACUCCGCUGCUCACGCUCUCACCUCCGCUGGCCAGUCGACCCCUGGCCGCCGCGGCCUUCGAAGCUGCAAGAAUUGCGACCAAGUACCAAUUCGACCUAGUCUACGUCGUUAACCUGUGGCCCAGCCACAUGAGCCGCCCCAAUCGCUCCUCGCCUCUCAACCCGUUCUACGGCACGCCCGUCGCCACGUCUCCUGCUCGAUUCACCCCGCCCUCGCCACCUGCGACCCCCGUUUCCCAAGCCUCAGGCUAUGACAGUGGCUUCGAUUCGCGACCACAGCCUCCCAGCUGCAGCCCAGACAGCGGUAUGAACGGCCGGUUGCUUGCCGCAUACGGCCUGCAGUCGAUCGAGUACCCAUUCCGCAUCUGCGUGCCAGUACACCAGAAGGUCCUCCGCACCCAAGGCUGGCUCGAAUACCGCGACGACAGCGACGCCCGGGACGUGAUGGCCCGCGGCUACAGCUGCUCGUUCUGCACGGGCUAUAGCCCCGCCAGAGGGCGGGACGCUAAUGCCGUUUCCACCCCGGAAGGCAAGCGACGGAAACUCAAGGACAACCCGCCCAAUCGCGGCAUCGUCUUCUCCGCCUUCAGGAAACGGCAAGAGGACGGCACGCUUGUGUGCAGCGAUGCGAACGAGCUCGCUGCGAUCCACAAGGACGCCGAGGCGCUCGUUGACAUGCUGAUCGACAUGGACAAGACACAGCGCCAGCGGUGGGCCUCGGUGACGGGUACGCCGCGCCGGUGUGUUGGCGGUCCGAAGAACCGGCUGGUGAGGCCUAGGGCGCCGCUGGCUGCGCUUUGAGCUCCGACCACACACCUUCACAGUAUCUUGCAAUUAGGCGGAGUCAACCCGGUUGACUGUCGUUGCACAAUGCUUU